GCGCGGUGUGACAGAGAAUUGCUUCCCCCGCCAUACCCAGUGUAUGAGCGCAGGUAACGUGUGGGAGAACGUUCCUGUGUUGUGCUUCCCUCGCCAUACCCAGUGUGGGAGAACGUUCCUGUUGUGUCUUUCGCUAUUGACCUCGGUCUCUGUAGGGAGAAGGAGCCGUGCCGCCACCAUGCAGGACCCCAAUGCAGACACAGAGUGGAAUGACAUCUUGCGCAGGAAAGGCAUCCUUCCGCCAAAGGAGGUACCAAAAGAGAAUGAAGAGGAGGAAGAAGCUGAAAUUCUUAAGCAGCAGUCAGUUGUGAAAACAUAUGAGGACAUGACGCUGGAAGAACUUGAUGAGAAUGAGGAUGAAUUUAGUGAGGAGGAUGAGAGAGCCAUAGAACUAUACAAGCAGCAAAGGUUGGCUCAGUGGCAAGCAGCCCAAAUAAAGAAUAAAUUUGGGGAGAUGCUGGAGAUCUCUGGACAGGACUAUGUGCAAGAAGUGACAAGCGCUAGUAAAGAUCUCUGGGUGAUUUUGCAUCUUUACAAACAAGGAAUUCCUCUCUGCACAUUAAUAAACCAACACUUAGCAUUUCUUGCAAGAAAGUUUAAAGAUGUGAAAUUUGUGAAAGCCAUUUCUACGACCUGUAUACCAAACUAUCCUGACAAAAACCUGCCUACUAUAUUUGUUUAUCGUGGUGGGAACAUCAGUGCGCAGUUCAUAGGACCUCUGGUAUUUGGUGGCAUGAAUCUAACACAGGAUGAGUUAGAGUGGAAACUAUCGGAAUCUGGAGCCAUCAAGACAGACCUUGAGGAAAACCCACGACCACAAAUCCAGGACCAGCUGAUGUCUUCCAUUAGGAGUUCUUUUAUUAAAACCAGAGACUUUGAUUCAGAUGAAGAUUAAUUUAUAUGCUUUGGUUUGACUUUUGUACAGUCCUUUUACAAUAUAUAAUUUCUCUAAAGUAUUAA